AUGUCUUUUUUCUGGAGCAGAAUUCCAAGAAUUCUGGUUAUAUACUCUUUCCAACCUUUAACUCUCUUUUCUAGGUUUAUCGAUAUUGAAUCGAUUGAACGCACUUCUAACACUUGUUCCACUUUUGGAAGACCCUGCGUUAUAUCACCAGAUCUCGAUUUUUCAUAUAUAAAUGUAACUAAUGUAUCCCCUUCGUAA